CACCACUCCCGGACGCAGCUUCUUGAUUCCACAGCGCUGUGCAGUCUCACUCUCCCCACUCAAGCGCCGUGCCGUCAACCCCCUCCACCGACCCGCAUGCUGGUGAGCGGCUGAUCAACCCGCGACCUGAAGCAGUCAAGCACGAACGCACGCGGCACGUGCACCCGCGCGCGCUCUAGGACUGGGACUAGCCACCAGGCCACCGACGGCAACGAUGGCGGCCUCCGACGACUCUCCCCGACGUCCAGCUCGCACUCCACGCACCUUAGCGUCCAUUGAGCCAUCGACGGAGCCCCCGAGAAAGCGACGACUGCGCUUCGAGCCAGGAGGACCGGGAGGCGGAGGACGAUACAUCGAUGAGCAUGGCACCGAGAUGACACGCGCCGAAGCCGUCGAGCGCGGCCUCAUCACGAACGCGCCCAGGAGUCGGCCAAGAAGAGAGCACACCGGGCGACCCAACAUCGUGGCCAAAGCGCCGAAGCACCGCGUGCUCGCCGCUGCUGACGGCGAGAUUCCGACUCGAUCGCGGUCGGUCAUGACGACGCGACCCCGCCGUGAACGACCAGAACGAUAUGCCCCACCACCCAGCACACCACGUCCUCGAUAUAGCAAUGCGGCAGCUGCGGCAGCCGCCAGUCAGGCUAGCGAUGGAUAUAAGCCUCGAGAGGAACGAAGCUGGGACGAGUUCCACCCGGAGCUUGACCUGGCAGCUGGGCUUCUGGUCUUUCCUGCAGACGAGGUGGAUGGGAGGACGAGCAAGCAGGAUCCCAAGUUGCAGAACCUCAAGCUGAAUGGCCUCGAUCCGAACGGCGAUGUGGAUAUGCAGGAUGUCUCCGACGAAGGCCCUUCACAGUCUGGUCGUGGAGGGACCACGCCGCAAAGGCGGAAACCUGGACGGCCGCCUCGCAGGCCAGAGUCGAUGUUGAGUGGUUUGGGCUCCCCGCCUGCGCCACGUAUAUUACCCCUGCCUACCCACAACCCCAAGGAACGUCUGAAUCUACCCAAGCCCUCGUAUCGACACUACAACCAUUUCUUGCAGUAUGAAGAGAAUCAGCGAGAAAACAAGGUCAAUUACGUGGAUCGGACCAUGGCGGGCGUCGGAUAUCAGGAGAGCGACUACUUCGAGCUGCCUCCCGCAGUGCUGAUACGUUUAACUGAAAAUCAACAUGCCGAGGAUGAAGCAGACGUUGGCUUACAUUUGGCGGUCGAUGGACCGGCGGAGUCUGGCUCUGGUCCUGCCGUGGUGGCUAGAGUGGAGUACGACAUGGAUGAGCAAGAUGUAGCAUGGCUUGACGAGAUCAACGAACAGCGAAAGGCCGAUGGCUCGGAACCGAUCAAGCCCGCCAUUUUCGAAAUCACGAUGACACAGAUCGAAAAGGAGUACCAUGCACUGGAGAAGCGAAUCCCGAAGCCCCAACCGCGUCAUGCACAAACCCAUCGGCCACGAUCGAGCUCUCAAGCUGCCGUGAAUGGAGACCCUAACCCCCCUGGAGAUGAGCCAGACAGCAAAUGCUCCAUAUGUGAUGAUGGGGACUGUGAGAACGCCAAUGCCAUCAUAUUCUGUGACGGCUGUGACCUUGCAGUCCACCAAGAGUGUUAUGGGGUACCAUUUAUCCCCGAAGGACAGUGGUUCUGUCGGAAGUGCAAGGAGAUAGGACGAGGCACACCGACGUGCAUCUUUUGCCCCAACGUCGACGGGGCUUUCAAGCAAACGAGCACUUUGCGAUGGAGCCACCUUCUCUGUGCCAUAUGGAUCCCGGAGGUAAACAUUGCGAAUAUGACCUUCAUGGAGCCUAUACAAGAUGUGGACAAGGUUCCCAAGAACCGAUGGAAACUGAGCUGCUACAUCUGCAACCAAAAAAUGGGCGCUUGCAUCCAAUGCGGAAAUAAGAACUGUUACCAAGCCUUCCACGUUACCUGUGCGCGGCGGGCCCGAUUGUUCUUGAAGAUGAAGUCGCAAAGUCAAGGCGGCAUCGACACGACUGCGCUCAAAGCGUUCUGCGACAAGCAUGUUCCGCAGGAGUGGCGUCGGAUCAAUGACACUGAGAAUGCAACGAUUGAGGCGCGGCGCUGGUAUAAGCAUGCCUUCAAGGAUCGCAAGUGGGCAGACAGUCAGAGUGCAGCUCUCGAACUUGCUGCUCUGCCGUCUGCUGAUGGUGAUGCCGGGAACGAGGCACUCGCAGGCGCGGAAGACACGAUUGCCGUGAGCAAGCGACGCAACAACAAGAAAGAUCAGAAGUGCAGUUGGCGCUUACCCUCCGGUGCGCCCGUGGUGCCGCAGGUGGUGAUGAACACGGUCGACUCGAGCCUUCAACGCUUCACCGUUCGUAGGAAGAAGGAGUUUGUGGAGAAGGCGUGCAAGUACUGGACGUUGAAGCGCGAGGCCCGGCGCGGCGCGGCGCUUCUUAAGCGACUCCAGCUUCAGCUCGAAGGCUUCUCUAGCAUGGAAGUCACUCGUCGCAACUUUGCAGCAAUGGGUUCUGCCGGUGGUCCCCGACUCCAGCGACGUCUGGAGUUUGCCGCAAUGCUGCAGAAAGAGAUGAAGUUCGUGACGGCGCUGGCGAGACAGGUGCGAGAACGCGAGGAACUGCGCCUCAAGGAGGUCGAACUGCUCCGCGAGCUGAUCGACACCGUCUACUUCCCCAUCCCUCCCUUGCUGCGACCCAUCCUGCUUCGUGCGCAAAAGUUGGAUGAGAAGACAGGCGCGUUUCGCGCCGGCUUCGACAUGCUUGCACAGCGACUGCGAGAACGCUACUACACGUCCGUGUCCGAUUUCUCGCGCGACUUGUCGAGAAUCUUCGCACAAGCUCUGGCAUCGGCUGGCAAUCCUGAUUCGCCCUCCGACGCGGACAUUGAAGCCAUUCACAACCAGCUGAACGAAGUCAAGCCAGGCUCUGCCGCUCACAUGGCCCUGACGCAAGAACAAAAGGAUCUCAAGAGGCUUGCUAAGCGCAUCGUCAAGGCGGUCAAGGAGCCAUUGGAGGCGGCAAUGAAGAAAGAAGCCGAGCUUAGGGGGCUCGAGCAUGAAGAAGAACUGAGGAAGUUAGACUCGAUGGGCAUCUUUGCUUCAUCAAAGUCGAAAUCGCUCGAUGCAGAUGGUGAGGAUGAAGUCGACAAACAGCACACGCAUCUUCGCACCGGUCCUGAUCCUUCAGUCGCCGCAGGUGCUGAAGACCAAACUGGCUUGGUUGAUAUGCUGGACGCCGGACCCGACGAUGCAACUUCAGACCCCAGUCUGGGCAGGGACAGCAUGAUUCCUUUCGCAAAUGAGUCCUCGGUUCCUGCUUCCAAGGCUGGCAGUCAUACCUCGUCGGACCCUAAGCCUUCUUCCAGUAAGGGUCGAAACGAGCGGCCCACGGAGCCUUUGUCGCCUCCCAUCUCUCGUUCGUCGUCCAGGCCAUCGGGCGUUCCAGCCUCGGUCAGUGGCGACUCGAGCAAUCUCAAUGGCGAGUCCCAUGACUUCCUCGCCCAGGGUGGGGUGCCUUGGUACCUGGAACCAUUCGAUCCGAUUGGCACCACGAUUCACGAGGAGAGAUAUACCGGCAGGGCGGUGCUGCGUGCCAUGUCCGAGGAACUCUCCGAUAUGGACGAAGACACUCUCACCGAGCUCGCAGUCACCGGGGCAGACGCUCCACCGAAUGCUCGACAGACGGCAAGCUCCAGUGCGACAUCCGCUGCGCCUGGCUCUGCUGUGAAGAAGCCUAGCAGCAAGAAGAAGAGAUCGAAGCGUUCGUAUUGGUCACGCUAAAAUGAUGGCACGGCUAUCCACCAUUACUGGUGGAAUAAUAGCUGAGCAUCAAAACAUCUUCUGCAACUCGCGCUGGAGGCUGGGGGAUACCUGAAUGCCCUGGCACUCACUGAUGGUACGACGGGGUAGGCCAAAGGAAUCAUCUGAUCAGGGACAGAAAGAAAUACGGGCAUUCUCGCUCCGUACGGAUAUGCUGGACUGAGUCAUGUAUGAUAUCCUUUGUUCCUAAUGCUCCAGCUCUGCCUAUAUACAAUACUGCUUUCCAUUCUCGCUCUCAUCUUCUUUACCGUUCUCGAGAAUGUAGCUGCUGCUGUCUCUCUCUGUGUGUGCUAGGGUGGCUUGUGAAAAACGACUAAUCUGCAGCAUGUCCCCCCAUUCUUCUC